CCGGCAGCCGCCGCGGCCGCAGCCAUGGCGUCGGGGUGUCGCAUCGGGCCCUCCAUCCUCAACAGCGACCUGGCGGCGCUGGGCGCCGAGUGCAGCCGCAUGCUGGACUGCGGGGCCGACUACCUGCACCUGGAUGUAAUGGACGGACACUUCGUCCCGAACAUCACCUUCGGCCACCCCGUCGUGGAGAGCCUGCGGAAGCGGCUGGGCCAGGAGCCCUUCUUCGACAUGCACAUGAUGGUGGCCAAGCCCGAGCAGUGGGUGAAGCCCAUGGCAGUCGCCGGCGCAAACCAGUACACCUUCCAUCUAGAAGCGACCGACAACCCCGGGGCGCUGAUAAAGGACAUCCGGGAGAAUGGCAUGAAGGUUGGCUUGGCCAUCAAGCCUGGCACUACAGUUGAACACUUGGCACCUUGGGCCAAUCAGAUAGACAUGGCUUUGGUGAUGACAGUAGAACCUGGGUUCGGAGGACAGAAAUUUAUGGAAGACAUGAUGCCAAAGGUUCAGUGGCUCAGGACACAGUUUCCCUCCUUGGAUAUAGAAGUGGAUGGAGGAGUGGGGCCUGACACCAUCCAUAAGUGUGCAGAGGCAGGUGCCAACAUGAUUGUGUCUGGCAGCGCUAUCAUGAAGAGCGCAGACCCCAGGUCUGUGAUCAACCUCCUGAGGAACGUGUGUUCAGAAGCAGCCCAGAAGCGCAGCCUGGAUCGAUGAGACCUGCCCAAGCCGUGUUCCGCAAGGCUCUGGGCGUGCAGGAGAACCCUUUUCUCGUGCAUAAGCGGGGGCUGGAUGAACACCAACUACAGAAACUUCUUGCUGCUGAACAGAGGAAUCAUUCCUUCACUGCAAUGAAGCAAGCAGCAGUGGGAACGUUCUGGCUGUCUUUCAGGGUUGGAAAUGCAAUGGUUUGAACCUGUCUCUUGAUUUUGUGGAGGCUAAUUUUGUGGCACAACCUCUAAUGCUGACUGGGUUGAACUACAGUCAGUUUGUUGCUUGCUAGAAGAGUGUAGCAUCACUGCAAGAAUCUCUCUUGUGGAAGACUCUUAAUCAAACUGCCUUCUGCUGUCUGUAUUUUGUCAUUUUUGAUCUGUGCAUUUCUACAAAACUUUGUCCAAUACUGCAUUAAACACCCCUUCCUUGGUGUGUUAAGUUCUUGAAGCUGACUGUCACAAAUAAGUGGGUAAGUUUAGGGAAAAGGCAACUUAAGAGGGCUAAAAUCCCAGUGAUGGUAGAAAUGUUCCUGUAAUUGCCUCUAUUGCAUUGGAAGUACUUAGACUAUAGAAAUCCAGCAUCAGAUAAGUCAGUGCAGCAUCUUUACUAGAUCAUGAAGUAAGGAAUAUUUUCUCACUUACCUUUCAAAUAGCCAGUUAAGACAGCUGUGUCUGAAAUUCCUGUAAGUGAUGGAACUCUUCAGAAGAAUGCUCUUCAGAUAAGUAAAAUGCUUUUUCUUGCUCCACAAUCUCCUCGGUUUGUACAUGUGUCUGAGUAAAUGAUUAAGAUGGUGACACAGAAAGGGUACCUGCUGAAGAGCUAUGCAGAUUGAAAUGCCUGCAGAUGGGUCUGUAAAACAGCUUGUGGAACCAGUCAUGAGUCCUUUGGUUUCCUGUGUCCACAGGCCUGGCCUAUUCGGGCACAUGAAAGGUGAGUUACAGUGGAACUAGAGUUACUAGAGGAAGACUGAGCAGGCCACUUUCAGGCAGACUUGUCUCCCAUGGCUCUAAUUAGCAUUGCUGGCUCUUAAAUAUUUCAUGGUGUUCUGUGUGGCAUUUUUCCUUUAAGUUGCAAUUACAGAAGAGUUGCAGUCUCCUGCCUUGGGGGGCCAGGCCAGGAGGCUCAGCAGCUGCAAUCUGCACAGGGCCAGAGUUGGGUCUGUUCUGUUUGCAGCAGCUGCAGCCCCUUGGAGCCCUGUGAGGUGCCCCCAGCGAGGGGCAGUGCCCUUGGUGAGCAGCAGGAGCUAGGGCUAGUUCAGACACUGCAGGAGUAUCUCAAAGUGCUGACUUGGCUUGUUUUUCUGCAUGGUUAAUUGUGGUUUAGGUGAACAAAUUUCUUCCUGUUUCCACUUGCAGCCCCAUUUGGGAACUAGCACAAGAAAAAUGGAGUUGUCUGAACCUAUUGUACUGAGGUUUUUCAGAAGGGGUUUGCCAAAAGCAAGCUUGGCCAUAAAGGCUGUAGUCCCAAGGGUGUUGGGUGUGUGUUAGAGUAGCUUAUCCAUGCUUCUGGAAAGAACCAGUGUAGAGUUUAGUGUAUGCAUGACAGUCAUGGCUGUGGUAUCUAAAAUGCAGACUGGCCAGCCACCAGCUGAAAUGAAAAUGCUAGUUCAGGUUGUGCAGUCUGGCUUUUCUUGCUGUUGAAAACAGUAGGACAACAGGUGUAGUAUACUAACCUCCUGCAGUUGAGUGUAAGCUGGGUUGAAAGGGUAAUCAAACUAUUUCUGUUUUCCUAAUUAAUUUGGGGGUGACAUCCAAGUUGUGCUAGUUAAUUGAUGGUACUGGGCUUUGUGGAAGGUAUGUUCUCUGUUCAUAGGUUGUAACCAUUUUGCAGUUGUUUUAAGGAUGGUAAGUUUGCACUUGCAUUGACUCGAAGUGGGAGAGGUGUUACAAAGUAAAAUUACUUAAUUGCUUCUGUCUGAAUCCCCCUCAGUGGUUUUAUGCAGAUGACUCCUACUGCAACAGCUUUUUACAGAUCUAAGGUUAAAUCUGUUAGUGACCAUGACCAAGAAAUCACAGUGAUGAGUAUUCCUGUUUUAAUGCUUGAGACUCUCAGUUUCUCACCUGUGUCCAUUUACCAAAGUGAUCUCUUUGGGACUGGUUUACACCUGCUCUGUACUCAGUAACAAGCCCUGAGUCCCAGGACUGGAUGAAAACCCAGAGAGCAGCUUGCAUGGUCUCCCCAGGGCUGACUAAACCCCAGGCCCUUGAGAUGUUGCAAUCCUCUGAUAAGGUUUCAGCAGUCAGGGAGAGCACAGCCUGUUGUAUUGAGGUGUGUGGUCUAGAGUGGUCCGGAGUGAUCUGACAGCAUAGGUCUGUCUGAAAACAGGAUGGAAACAACUUGGACAGAGCUACGUCACGCUGGGCUUGCACAUGUGCUACACAAGUGGUACAGCCCACAGCCCUGAGUGAGAUAAAACACUGCAGGAGAUGCACACAGAGCUUAGUUUUAAUAGGGUUUAAAAAUUCUUAUUUGUACUUACAUGCCAUUAAGAUCCUGGAUGCAGAGAUGAAGCAUUUUAAACCCUCAUAGCAGCAGGAAGCAGAACGUAAGUGGUGUUAAAAAAAUGCCUCAACUGAACAUGGUAAAUAAAGCACAUGGAAAAUGG